CAGUCUUCGCUCAGACAAGGUCAAGUUCAGACAUGGAGGUCGGUCUGCUCCUCCUCCUCGUCCUCUCGCCCGCGUCGCUGCUGGCCUCGCCGAUCUUCUUGAACGGGAACAACGGAGGCAGCGGAGUGAUCGGAGGCUUCCUGCUGAACACCGGCAGCGCCGUUUUCUGCACGAACGCGGCUGACAACCAGGGAUGCCAGACGUGCAUGGCGAACGGCGGAUUCCUGAACUUCCUCAGCCCGGCGCCGUACAUGAACAACAUGGCCAAUUGCAUCCGGCAGUUCUUCGGGAGUCAGUACGGCUCGUGCGCCGACGUUCUCACGCCGAGCAGCCAGGUGAUCUUCGGAGGGAAUAUGCUCGACAUCGGACAAGCCAUCGCCUGCGUCCUCAUCCCAAGAGGCGGAGGAUCCGUGAUCGUCACCACCACCACCUCGACUACGACCCAAGCCACAACAACCCAAGGCACACCGUGAUUCCAACGUGUCAAAGACUCACAGCUGCCCACCCACCGGUCACUAGCUGUCAGCAUAGUUCAGCACUCCAAUUUGUUUACCUGGAAUUUUCAAGAAAAAUUUUUUGGGAUACAAAAUUUUUACCACUUCCGCUCUGAUUCAUAAGUUACCCUUGGUCGCGU